AUGUCGUCCUCUACCCCCAAAGGCCCCUACAAGCUCGUUACAGUGAACAAUGCGCCCGAGCGUGCCAAGAGACUUAUCGGCCGGGUAGUCAACGACCUCAAAGAUCAGUACACGAUUGACUAUGUAACCAACUGCAUCAGUAAAGAUGAAGUUGAGCCAAAAGUCAAGGAAUUUCAGCCAGACAUCCUAUUUUGCGCCUCAAUGUGGACUAUCGAAGAGAGCACGGAAAUGCGAGAAAUUGCCAAGUCCAUCAUCCCUGAUAUUAAGACACACGCCAUCCCGCAUGGCCUUCAGGUUAACGACGGGCCAGAUGCGAUAGUUGAGCAUCUCAAACAGCAAAUUCCCUUGCUUUUAGGAUGA